GGAAGGAGGCGGGGUCGCUUCCUGCGAAGCGUCGCCCGGCAUCGGGAGGCCAUGGGCCCGAUGGUUUCAGACAGAAAACAGACAGAAGGAGAAAAGCAGGCAGAAGACAACAAUAGCCCCGAAUGCAGCGAGCCAGGAACCAUGGAUCUGAAAUUCACUUCAUCAAGAAAAUACAUUUCCAUCAGUGUACCCUCCAAAUCUCAAGCUAUGUCUCCACAUAUCAAAUCAGUAGAUGAUGUUGUAGUUCUUGGCAUGAAUCUCAGCAAAUUUAGCAAACCUACUCAAUUUUUUAUCUGUGUUUCUGGAGUUUUUAUGUUUUAUCUAAUCUAUGGAUAUUUACAGGAAUUGAUAUUUUCAGUGGAAGGUUUUAAACCUUUUGGUUGGUACCUCACUUUAGUGCAAUUUGGAUUUUAUUCCAUUUUUGGACUAAUAGAAUUGCAGUUGAUUCAGGACAAAAGAAGAAGAAUUCCUGGCAAAACCUACAUGAUAAUAGCAUUUUUGACAGUGGGAACUAUGGGUUUGUCAAAUACCUCUUUAGGAUAUCUGAAUUACCCUACUCAAGUCAUCUUCAAGUGCUGUAAACUGAUUCCAGUUAUGAUAGGUGGGGUUUUUAUACAAGGAAAACGUUACAAUAUUGUAGAUGUGUCUGCUGCCUUGUGUAUGAGCCUUGGAUUAAUAUGGUUUACUUUAGCUGACAGCACAGUUGCACCAAACUUCAACUUGACAGGUGUGAUCCUAAUAUCCCUUGCCCUCUGCGCAGAUGCAGUUAUAGGAAAUGUACAGGAAAAAGCUAUGAAGUUGCACAAUGGUUCUAAUUCAGAAAUGGUUUUGUAUUCCUAUUCAAUAGGUUUUGUGUAUAUUUUAUUUGGAUUAACAUGCACUAGUGGAUUAAGCCCUGCAGUAACAUUUUGCUCAAAGCAUCCAGUUCAGACUUAUGGUUAUGCAUUCCUUUUCUCCCUGACUGGGUAUUUUGGCAUAUCCUUUGUUCUAGCUUUGAUUAAAAUCUUUGGUGCCCUUAUCGCUGUAACAGUAACAACAGGAAGAAAAGCAAUGUCCAUCGUGCUUUCUUUUUUGUUCUUUGCAAAGCCAUUCACGUUACAGUACGUGUGGUCAGGCUUACUGGUUGUCCUUGGUAUAUUUCUUAAUGUUUACAGUAAGAAUAUGGACAAAAUCAAACUGCCUUCACUGCUUGGUCUUCGGAAAAAAAGUGUGGAAGAAAGAAAAUCAAGGACGUUGUCACAAACUGUAUAGACAGUGGUUCAUGCCUUGUCUAGACUUUGACUUACUAUUUCAUUAUACAGUCUUCAACUGAUUCACUUUCCAAAGGGAAUGUUAUUUACACCAAAGGAGCUGAAGGCAUAUUGCAGGUCUGCUUGCAGGUUGCUAUAAGUGCACACUUUCAUGAGCCCUUUCUUCAGAGCACUUGAAUUCAUCACAAACGGUGUUGUAGGCCAUUGCCAGAUGGUUUUAUCAGCAAUGAAGGACAGCAGCUCCUGGCAAACUGCUGAGAAGCUGCACUCAAGUGAGACACAGUAGAAGACUGGUUUGGGCAUUUUAAUAAUAUUGACCAUGUGACUGAUCUGAAAUUAGUGGUUCUUUGUUAAUUGUCUAGGUGGGGUAAUUUAAAUGUAAUACUGUACUAAUCACCAACUGGUUGACCAAAUCGUGAAUUCAAAGGUGGAAGGUUUAGAAUACAGUAUGUUUUCACUCUUUUAUAUUUUAAAUAAAAAUGUUGGGGUUUGUUUAAGUUAUUUUUAAGAUCAUCACAGAACUUGAUAUUUAUUUUAAUAAUUGAAAUUUUAUUGAAAUCCUAGUGUUCCUCUUUUUGUAGUAUUGCUUGCAAGUCACAAAACUGAGAUUGAGUUUGUGCAGUCAACACUCAUGCUCAUGCUAGGAGGAAAUGGGCUUUUAAGCUUGAAUGGGGUGAGAUGGAAACAUUGGUGUAAGAAACUGUUAUUUGCUUAAUCCGUGGUCAAAUACAUCAUUUUUAGUGGCCUGUGGCCCUCUCUCUGAUAGUGGUAUAAAGAGACAUGGAAGUUCUUAAAUUUAUAUCAUCAAAUCAAAAUUCUUCAAUUUCAGUAUUGGGGUAAAUAGUAACAGCAUCAGCUAAUGUGAUUGGAAUAUGUAUUAUGUCAGUCCGUGUGGUCUUCUGAUGAAGUUAAGAGGAUUAGGAUACAGAUUACAGUUUCUUUCUUCAGUGACAGGAGGAGACAAUGUGCUACCAGUCUGUCUUUUUCAUCAUGAAUUUAGGAAGACUAAGUCCCUUUAUCUCUCUUUCUUUUAUAGUCAACUUUCUUUUGAAUCACUUGCCAUCUCUUUCAUUUUAUAUAUUUAACAACAGCACUUUAAAAAUACUAAUCACCUUACAAAUCAUUGUUCUUACAUGGUCAUGGGUUUUUUGUUAUUGUGUCCCUUAGAUGCAUCUUGGUGUGUGUUUCUUUCAACUUAGACACAAAUUAAUUAGAUAAUAGAAAUACAUAGUCAGAAAGAACAUACUGAGAAUUAAAAAAUCUCACAGGAUGACCUUCUGUCAAAAAUACUAGUUGAUGAAAGUAUUAGAGAUAUACAAAAUGUUUUUCAGACACUUAAGAAGAAUUGCUGUUCAGAGGAGCUUGUAAUCAAAGCACAGACACAAAAUGUGCCUUAAAUUUUUCUUAUUUAUUUGGUAGCUUGCAUCUGCCAUGUUAAAUAUGUUAUGGAAUAGAGCAUGGAGUAACAGCCAGCUGAGCACAAAUGGAUGAACAAGAGAAGAGCUUUGCUGACAUAACUGCACUGUUCCAGUGCUGACACUUCUCUGGGGUGUCAGCAAAGCUUCUCAACACAUACAAACCCACUGUUGCCAAAUCAGGAGAAUUUAUUGCAUGGAAGAGUUUUGGGUUUAAAUUCCCAGCUGCUGCAUGAUUGUGUCCUGGAUGAGGUAGAGAGGUGAGAAUUUGAUGAACAAAUACACCUUGAGGGAGACAGAUGGCCUGCCAUGGCUGUCCAUUUUCAUGUUGCAGCCCAGGUUUUAUGGUAAGGUAUAAUAAAGCAUUCCAAUUUCAAAUUUGGUGUAAGAGUGCAUUUGACCAAGUCAAGGGGAUUGAUACACUUCUUUCCCUGUAAUAUUUAUCAACUCUUACAUUCCUUUGCAUUCUUUUCACUAAAUGAAGUUGGUCUUUCCAGUGAGGUUAAGAUAAUUUUACAGUCCUCAUUCUGCCAGACAUAAACUCUGCCUGUUGCUAAACUUUAUUAACCUUUAGAAAAACAAAUUAUGUGAAAGCUACAAUAUAUGCAGAAAGUCAUAGUGAAUAUAAUUCAUUUGGCAUCUGUUUUAUUUAAAUAGAUGAGAAGUCACAAAGUUUCUGACUAGAAUUCAAAUGUAGUGUGUAUGUUUCUGGACAGCUAAUAUAAUCCAGUUUUGUCUCUAUUGGCUCUCUUUGAAGAGAAUAGUAAUCACAAUAAUUCACCUUUUAAUUUAUUUUCUAUUGUACACAGGGCUGAGUUUAUGAGCUAUCGUUAGGGGAAGUUUUGAUUUAUUUUUUUAUUGUUUUCUUAACUGUAGAAGUGUGUGUUUUGUUUUACCGGUGUACUUCAAAAUUAUUUUUAUAUACAAAUGGAUAUUGUAGGUUUACUGUUAAUAGCAUAGAUUUAAGAGUUAGCCCUUUAUUUUCAUAGGUAUGAGUCUAGUACUUGCCAAUCAACAAUAUGUGUGUUAAAGAAAAUGCACACACAAGUGGGAUACUUUAUAAUUUGCCACACAUCAUGGUCUGUGCAGUUGGAUGCCUUCUUUAAGAAAACCUUCAUUUCAGUGAAUUACUGUUUGUGGGUUUUUUAAAUAAGCUUCAUAGUGCAUGCAAGCUAGAAAACCUUACAAACCUGCAAGUGUUCUUACUACAAAAUUUUGGGGUUGAGUCUUCUGUACUGUGUAUGUAUGUUGGUUUUGUGUUGUCUAUGAAAUAUGAAUAAGGGCUUGUCCACAAAGUACCUGUAAAUUAUUUAUUUUUUGUGUAAGAGCACUUAUAUUGGGGUAUUGGUUAAUCCUUCCCAGUGUUGAAGCCUGGUCAUAGUAACUGUUGCAUUUUAUACCUAUUGUUUCCUGGGCUCUGCAGUAGGCAUGGUGAAACUAUAGGAAAAAGCCAAUCAAUUAUCUCACCAGAAAAUUUGUUAUCUAAAUAUAAUGUGAAUUAAUUGCUUUUUAUUCUUGUGCUACAGAACUUUUUCGUCUCUAUAAAAAAAAUCUAUGGUGUAGGAAUUAGUUAUAACAACAUUGAAAUUCUGAGUAAAAUUUAAGUCUGACCAGCAUCUCCUCUGAUGUCAGGAAUCUACUUCUGUGAUACCUGCUUCUGCCUCCUUUGGAUAGCUGAAGGGGCUCUGUUUUUCUAAAUCAACAUGCGUUUGCAGUUGCUUUCAUAUUACAUUUUUGCAUUUUUCUGGCACACUUCAGUAAUGAGGUAAUUGACUGAGCAGUGGAUUUCUUCAGUGUUUCAGUACUUCAGUAUCAGCAGAGCUGCUGAUUACACAGGUACCUGUGUGGGAAUACAAGUGUGGAAGAACUAAUGCCCUGCCCUCCAAACCUAGAGUGUUUCCUGAUCUUGCAUUAAAUUGUUUGUCUUCAUCUUGUUUUACCUCUCCUGUACUUUGAACUUACCAAACUUUUUAAGCUAAAGCUUGGGCUUUAUAUCAUUCCUACUUGACUUUCUUACUUGUAUUUCUUGCUUUUGCAUGUGAAAUCCUUUUUUAACAUGUUCUGUUUAUGCACUGUGGAUUGUUUCAGGUUUAUAUUCCUGUAUUUAAGGGCUUACAUCACACUGUUGUAGGUUAGUCACAUUCCAGAUUUUCUGUUUGAAAUCAUUUAUCAUUUACCAUCUGGGUGAUUACUUUAAAUCCUUUAUUCUCCAUGAAAAAAUCUUUCAUACUACUCAUUAUUUUUGAAAAGGUCUUGAUGAGUGCACAUAUGAGUUAACUCCUUGACCUCAUUCCAUCUUGCAAGAAAAUCUCUCUUCUCCUUUGCCUGCCUGUGAGAACUAGAGGAAGAGGAAAUAAAUAUUUCAAGUGCUCUUUUUUCCCCUUUAAUAAGUGCCUUCCUCACUAACCUGGUAUGUCUUAAUUGUUUCUUUUAUUUCUGCCUCCCAUGCUCCCAGGCACAAACAAGCCCCUCUCUCAUGUUUGACUGCUGCUUGUUCAAUCAUGGAAACUUUUUGUGUUGUUUACUGUUCUGAAAAGAGGUAUAAAAUUGCAUGUAUACUCUGGAGGGCAGGAAAUAAUAAGUAAACUUCACAAGUUAAGGAAGUAAUUAAAUGGAUUAAUACUUUUUUUCUGGAGGGAUUUUUAUAUGGUUUAGUUAAUAGUUCAGAAUUUUUUAGUGGAGGGGGUUUUCUUUUACGUUUUACCUGUUUAAAAGUCUUUAUAUUAAUUUUAAUAUUUAAUAUAAAACUCCUGAUGUUUCAGCUUUUAGAGAUUAAUUUCAGUCUUGCCUAUGAGGCAGGAAAGCCCUAUCACCAUUUCAGAGAUGUAGCAUAAAUGGUAUCUUGCCCAAAGUUGCCUUGGUAAGUCUGAUGAGCAAGGAAUAGAUGUUAAUACCCUAAGUCCAGUGUGCCCCAAGUCCAGCAGAGCCCAUCUGUACUUUAAAUGAAAUGGUACCAAUGUAAGGUCAGUUUUCUUUUACCCCCAGCACUAGAGAUGUUAAAUUGUUUCUUUUCCUUGUUCUGUACAAGUACAAUUUAAAGGGAAAAUAAGGCAGCCAUAAAAUAGCUUUUUCUGCAUUUUAUUUGAAGUUUUUUGCAUUGUCAUUUUUCGUUGAUUUGUUGUUUUCUGUGAGCACCUCUGUGGAAGCAAGCUGGACAUAGUAGUAGAUUUAGGAGAAGCAUAAUAUCCUUCACUUUAAGGUGACUGGUUCACUUUGCAACUAGUCAAAAGCUGCUGCCAUGGGAAAACUGAGGAAUUGUCAUCACAUGAGGAAUUAAGCAUAAUGAUGCAUUGUGGGGUCUGUAUCACUUUGCCAUUCUCUUGUAGAGAAGCAAAGACUAUAGCAAGAAAGAAUAUUCAUGCACAAAUAGUCAGCUUAGAAUACAAUGCUGACUUAACACUUCUCUACACCUGGAUUGUGUUGUUACACUAGUUUUUUGAGAUGUGUUAGUAAUGUAUUGCUUGUCUCUACUUUUUAGAUGUUUUCUUUGUUAGAUUUCUCAGUUUUAUGCUUCCUUUUUUUUUUUUUUUUUUUUAUUACUUAGGUUUUAAGUGUGGAGUUUUACAUUGUAAUUUUGAUUACAUCUCUAGUGCUGUGACCAGUUCUGGGCUCACCAGCUCGAGAGGGAAAUGGGGCUACAGGAGAGAGUCCAGCAAAGUGACAAGAAGGUGAUGGUCUCAGCCAUCUCAGCUGUGAGGCAAGGAUGAGAGACCUGGGAUUUUUCAUCCUGGAGAAGAGAAGGCUGGGGGGAAUUCCAUCAAUGUGUACAAACACUGAAGGGAGGACACAAAGAUGGGGGAGCCAGGAAUGACAGCCCUGAGGCAGUGGGCACACACUGAAACACAGGGAGUUCCCUCUGAAUAGAGGAAAUACUUUCUUACUGUAAAGGUGAUUAAGCACUGGCAUGGAUUGCCCACAGAAGUUGAGAAGUCUCCAUCAUUGGAUAUAUUCAAAAAUUGGGUAUGGUCUUGGGCAGCUGGCUGUGGGUGCUUUGCUUUGAGCAGGGGCAAAGGCACCUUCCAACCUCAGUCACUCUGUGAUCUUUAACCUUGCUGUCUUUGUCUAUCUUCCACUUUUUCUCAUGUUUACAAAUUUUUAAUAAAUAUGAUUAAAAUUAGUAUCUCUGAGUUGGCUACAGUAACUGCUAGAGCUGGCAGCACCAUUCUGGAAACGCCUGAUAGUGUGGUUCUGGCUGCACAGGGAGUACCUCCAGAGCAGAAUCCCGUGGGGAGAGAGACACCUUCCUUUGGUAACUGCUGCUCAGUGCAAAACAUGAGUAUGUGACAGCAAAUGCAAGACACUUGUAGAUGAAAUUGAUACUGUCAAUAUAGAAGGAGUUCAAAGUUGCUUUUUAUUUUCUACAUUUAGAGCUUGCAAAGCUCUCUGCUGCUCUAGUGCAGCACCUCAUUCACAGGUACGCUGGAAGUGCUGCUACGCUGCCUGCUGCCUUCUUGUCAGCAUUCUGCAUGAACAUGGACAGCUGUGGUAGAUGCCCUCUCAGUUGUUCAGAACCUGAGUAGGAACUCCACUUAAAUACAGCUCUGUAGUAACAGGCAUUCAUGGGAGCAGAUCUGUGCAAAAGUCCAGUGCAUAACAGGGUCUGCAAGGAACAUGCACAAAUUGUUUACUGGGGACUGUUGUGCUGGGGUACUGGUUUUAAACUAAAAUAGGGUAGAUAUAGAUUGGGUAUAAGGAAGAAACUGUUUACAAUGAGAGUGGCAAACCAGUGGCACAGUUGCCCAGAGAGGUGGUAGAUGUCCCAUCCCUGGAAAUGUUCAGGGUCCUGUUGGACAGAAGUCUGAGCCACCUGAUCUAAUUGAAGGUGUUCCUGCUCAUUGCAGAGGGUUAGACCAAGUGACCUUUAGAGGUCUCUUCUAAACCAAACUAUUCUAUGUUCUGUAUGAUUUGAGGCCCCUGGAAGGCUUUAAUGCAUAAAGAAGAGUUUGUAUAGGCUUCAGGCAACAACAAGCAGAAUUUAAGCUCUUUAGGCUUUAACAUGCCUUUAAUCUUUUGUUGAUUUAGCCUUAAGUUAGGAUUAUUCAUUUUAUGUACUAUCCAAAUUUUGGUACUGGAAAAUCUUUUUAGUGAGAAAUACACUAAAAGUUGCCCUUAAUAAGCAGUUCAAGCUGACAGCUGGUAGUACUGUAUACCUAAUUUACACUGUCCUGUGCAGUGCAGCUUAUAAACAAAUAACUGAGUGAAUGCUUGGCCUCUUCAAAUGAAGACUGUAUUCUCACUGUUAGGAAAUAUAUAAAAGAAAACAAAUUCUGUGUAACUUUGUAGAUAAGAACUGGUUUAAAGGUAGCUAAUCCUUAUUUUGAGUCACACCUGAUUUCCCUGGACUCCUUAUUCUUAAUAAAUAGCUCAUGCCUGGCUGUACAAGCUUGGCUUGCAGACUUCCUCUUUCCUGGGCUUAAAACAGCCCGAGAUUAAGCUAUCAUGCUUGCAUGCUUGCCAGGUCUGAGACCACUUAUUGCCUGAAGCUUUUGGAUCCCCAGGCACAUAGGUAAGGGCUGCUUGAAUCGACCAUCUUAGACUUGGUAAAUUUUGCAUGGAAACACAGCUUCAAUAGAAUCUAUUCUUUGAUGAGAAUUCAGGUUCUUUCCCAGGAAGUUGAAGGAUAGGCUGCCUACAAAUGAUACAUAGUUUGGCAUCUCAGUAAAAAUGUCACUAGUGAAGAGAGCUAACUUUCUUCCUACUGAGAGCUAAAUUUGUGCAGAGAACAGGUGUAGCUGUGUAUCAGAAAGGUGCAAUGUGAUAUCUUUUACCGAUUAUAUUUCUGCACUCUGCACUGGGGUAGGAUAAAGAAAGGAAUGAAAAUCAAGAUGUGUUGGAGAGCAAUAGUAUUAAUUCUUGGCCAUCCUACUUUUACAUUGCAUAACAUUGAAUGCAACGG